UGUGCCGUGGUGGAAAGGAGAUUGCAGCUUUGGGAUAUUGACAGCGUAGAACAGAAAAGGCAAAAACCAGGCAAAAUACACUUUAUUUGACUUUCAUCUGGAACGUUAAUUUGAGGAGGGUUGUGCGGAGGCCGCCUUUCGAUUCAAGUGGGCUCACUCGAGUUGCAUUCGGAUCUGAGACUGCCUCCUUUAAAUGGAUCAAGCAACAAGUGUUCAGAAUGGCCUUCCAGAGCCACAGGGCCCUCUGUUGGCAAGGGGGCCUCUAUGAGGUGGAGCAUGAGGCUAAGGGGAUGAGAGGUGGAAGACUGGUGCAGGUCAUAGGAAUACACUAGCAUGCUGUACGACUUGAAAUUUAUGGAUACAGCAGGAUGAAACGACUCAGGACUUCAAGCAGUAGUGACAGUUCAGACAAUGAAAGUCCCUCCACCUCAUUCUCAUCAAAUAAGUAUGGAAGCAAACCCGGAACCCCUGCCUCCGCACAGAAAAAGCCAGCAGAGGUGUUCAGAAAAGACCUGAUCAGUGCUAUGAAGUUGCCAGACUCCCACCACAUCUCCCCAGAGGACUACUACCUGCUGGCAGACACAUGGAGGCAAGAGUGGGAGAAAGGCGUGCAGGUACCAGCCAGUCCCGACACCAUCCCUCAGCCCUCUGUCAGGAUAAUGGCAGAGAAACCGAAGGAGCUCCUGUUCUCCAGACAGAGGAAGUACAUCCAGUGUUGGAGUCAGGACUCCGCUGAGACUGGGUAUGUGAACAUUAAAGAGCUUGCCGAGGCCAUGUGCCGAUACGACCUAGAUGAUAUGGACCUCCACUGGCUGCAGGAACUCAACAUGGAGCUGGCUCUGAUGGGGGAAGGAGCCAUGGAUGAGUUAACCAUGGAGCGUGCGAUGGAGGCUCUUGAGAGGAAAUGCCAUGACAACAUGAACCAUGCCAUAGAGACAGAGGAAGGUCUGGGUAUCGAGUACGACGAGGACGUCAUCUGCGACGUGUGCCGCUCCCCUGACAGCGAGGAGGGCAACGACAUGGUCUUCUGUGACAAGUGCAACAUCUGCGUGCAUCAGGCUUGUUAUGGCAUAGUGAAAGUUCCAGAUGGCAAUUGGCUGUGUAGAACAUGUGUGCUUGGCAUCGACCCACAGUGUAUUCUGUGCCCCAAAAAGGGAGGUGCUAUGAAGGCCACACGACAAGGCACAAAGUGGGCACAUGUCAGCUGUGCUCUCUGGAUACCUGAGGUGAGCAUCGCAUGUCCAGAGAGGAUGGAGCCCAUUACCAAAGUGUCACACAUUCCGCCUAGCCGCUGGUCUCUCAUCUGUAGCCUCUGCAAGCUAAAGACUGGAGCUUGCAUACAGUGUUCAGUAAAGAACUGCACCAUUCCAUUCCACGUCACCUGCGCCUUCGAGCAUAACCUGGAGAUGAAGACCAUCCUGGAUGAGGGUGACGAGGUCAAAUUCAAAUCCUACUGCCUGAAGCACAGCAAGCCCAAAGCGGGGGAGGCAGGCCUGAGCCCGGCCCGGCCCAAACCCCCCAGCGAGACAGAGAAGGUGGGCUUGCGAGCGCAGAAGCUCCAGGAGCUGGAGGAGGAGUUUUACAGGCUAGUGCAGCCCGGCGAGGUGGCCCAGGACCUGGGGCUGCCUCUGCUCCUGCUAGACUUUGUCUACCAGUACUGGAAGCUGAAGAGGAAGACAAAUUUUAACAAAGCCCUGCUGCCACCUAAAGAGGACGAGGAGAACCUCCUGUUGCAGCCGCAAGAGGACAGCAUCCACACCCGCAUGCGCAUGUUCAUGCACCUACGCCAGGACCUGGAGAGGGUGAGAAACCUGUGCUACAUGGUGAGUCGGAGGGAGAAACUGAAGCUAUCUCAGAGUAAAGCCCAGGAGCAAAUCUUUAAUCUUCAUGUCAAACUCAUCAACCAAGAACUUUCUGCAGGAUUGCCAGUGUCCUCUAGUGUGGAGAACCUGCUCUUCCGACCUCCUCCCAGGAUAACCCUCAAGCUCAAAAUGCCCAAAGUGUCACUGGGCAACGGCAAGACCAGUAUCAAGUCCGGCAAUGGGCCUCUGUGCCCAGACAACAGCAGCAACGUUUAUGACCUCAGCGGAGCAGGCAUGGGCCAGGGCAAGCCUCAGCUUCACCACGGCAGAGCUCGGAGGGAUGAGCGCACCAAUGGCCUUCUCCCCGCAGCCCGCCGAGAUGCUGGUGGCCCCAACCUCUCACUGCUAUCCCUCAAACCGACGGGCAAGCCUCUGGCCCUGCAUGCCGCCCUACACGGCCAUCCUUCCAACGGGAAGGGUAAGCCUGAGCAGGACAAGCCCCGCCUGCUGAAGUCUAAUGGCAUUAUGGAGAAAGCUGUGGGUCAGAGAGACACUUCCUGCCAGACUCCUUCUGAGCAGGCAGUAGGCAACGAGCACUUGGGGAAAAGUCAGCCAGCUACAUUCCACAAAUCUGCCAUGGAACACUUCAGCAGGUCCUUCAAAGAAGCCACCGUCAGCCUGGUACGGACUACGGAGGACCUGCGGAGCGCCGACAAGAACGCCCGCAAAGCCAUCAGCAAAGAAAGGAUGAACUGCGCCAAGCCUGCUGCCUCCGAGCGUCCACCAGAUGGCGCCAGAGUGUACCAAGAAAGUGAUGGCUACUGCCCUGACUUGGAGCUCAGUGACUCAGAGCCAGAGGCUAAGGGCAAACGCCACCGGGGUGGGAAGGGGCUGAGUGAGGGGAAUCCAGCUGGACGUUACGUCCGUGGGGGCAGUCGAGGCAAAGUGACCUUAGGCUCCAGGACUGUUGUUCAGAGGUGACGAGGCUGCAAAGCGCA